GAGAGCAGCUGGGUGCCAGCACCGAGUGCUGAGAGCAGCAGCCUGUCACACCCUGAAGGAGACAGAGCAGGACUCAGAACUGCACUUAAACAGUUUAUUACCUACAAUGUUACAAGUCUAACUCAAGGGUAUAAGCUUAAGUCUAGACUGAUAUUAAUAUCCUAUAAGGGUUUGUGAGGGACUACACGACUUGUAAGGAAUUCAGUGAUAAAGUCUUUACAGAUGUGUCCACGAGGUUGCUGCGAGUGAAGAUUCUGCAGAUGCUCUGGUGUUCUUACGAGUCGGAUCCAUGAAGUGAUGUUGAUGUUGGUGGGGGAUCUCAGAUCAGCUGAGAAGGAGCUGUGAUUAUAACCUGCUCCUCUCAUCCUGUUACAGUCCAUUCUGCGGUGAUAACGUCUGGGGUAUCAGUCGGUCCAGCUCCUUAUCUUCUUUACUGUUCUUCAGUGGUGCCACUGGUAAGGGACAUGAUGGGUGGCUUCAGCCCCUCUGAUGGUGCAACACCCUCCGACGUGUAGGGAUCCCAAAAACUCCAGAGUCAUACAUCCGGCUAGGAGGCAUCAGGACCAUCCCACAGCUCCCUGGCACCGCAGACCAGCAGCCCCGACACUGAGGGAUCAGGGCUGUCUCAUGGCUCCCCAGCGCUUGACGGCAGCAGUCGCUGCAGCCCCCUUGGACCCAACCACCUGCCACAGCGCUCCAAACUGAGAUAUUGGGCCCAGACUCCCUACCCGUGGCCGAGAAGGUGCCAUGAGAGCAGCACUUCCAGCCAGGCAGCGCUGGGGCCAUCCAACAGCUCCACAGCACCAGAGACCAGCAACGCUAGAACAGAAAGCGAUGAGGCAUCGGGACAAUCUCGCAUAUCAUCACCACUGGAGACUAGCAGGUCCAGCACCAAAAGGCAAAUGGCCUCAGGACCAUCCCACGGCUCCCUGGCACUGCAGACUAGGAGCUCUGGCAAUGAGGGAUCAGGGCUGUCUCGUGGCUCCCCAGCGCUGAAGGGCAGCAGCUGCUCCAGCCCCUCUUAUGCCAACCAUCUGCAAGAGCGCACUCAGCUGCAAAGUUGGGCCCAGACUCCCUUCACCCCAACAAGGAGGUGCCAGGAGAGCAGCACUUCCAGCCUGGUAGCACUGAGGCCGUCCAGCAGCUCCACAACACUGGAGACAAACAGACCCAGUAUGGAAAGCCAGGAGGCACUAGGACAGUCUCCAACACCACCAGCACUGGAGACCAGCAGCCUCAGCACUGAAAGCCAGGCAGCAUCAGGACUCUGGGACGGUGCUGCAAGCUCACCCACACCUCAUUUCUCCCUCAUCCACUGCCUGCUACUCCCUCAGAGGGAGAAACAAGAUGAGACUGCAAGUCUUGUUGCCAAGAUCUCGAGGCAGAAGGACUAAGAACAAAGCUCUGGCAGACAAUCCCAUGCCACGGUCACUUUGUCCUCAGAGCCAUGAACCCAUUUGCUUCCACAGGCGCUGGGAGCUGCUCCUGUGCAGCUCCUGUGCUGCUGAGGGCACCCACCGACGCUGCUCCUUCUUGAGGAACACCACGACCCACUGGGAGUGCGAUGGCUGUGCAGGCCUGGGCACGGGUAAGAGGCCAAGCACCCGGCUGUCCCCAGGCUGGCGGCCAGGCAAGGGCUGGCAGCAGGUGCCCAUGGUGGCCAUGGCAGAGCCUCUCAGCUCCAGAAGGGCUGGGGGCACCUGCCGUGCCCUUGACCGUCCUGCUUCCCCUGACAGCCUCCAGCGCCAGCUCGGAGAUCACCGACUGACAGCCAGGCGUGAUUGGGGCCUUCCCAUCGCUCUCCGGCAUCUGAGACCAGCACUGAAGGCCGGGAAGCAUCAGGACCGUCCCACAGCUACCUGGCACCGCAGACCGACAGCCCCAGCACUGAGGGGAUCAGGGCUGUCCCGUGGCUCCCCAGCGCUUGAGGGCAGCAGCCGCUCCAGCCCCUCUGGGCCCGACCGGCUGCGAGAGCACUCCCGGCUACAAUGUCGGGUCCAGACUCCCUACACUCGGCAAAGGAGGCGCCAGGUGAGCAGCCGGGUGCCAGCACCCAGUGCUGAGAGCAGCAGCUCCAGCCAGGCAGCACUGGGGCCGUCCCACACUUCUGCAGCACCAGAAACCACCAACCCCAGGACAGAAAGUGAGGGGGCAUUGGGACAGUCUCCCACGUCACCACUGGAGACCAGCAAUCCUGGCACUGAAAGCCAGGAGGCAUCCGGACAGUCUCAUGGCUUCCCAGCACCUGAGCCCUGCAGCACCUACACUGAAAGCCAGGAAGCAUCAGGACCGUCCCACAGCUCCCAAGCACCGCAGACCAGCAGCGCCAACACUGAUGGAUCAGGGCUGUCCCGUGGCUCCCCGGUACUUGAGGGCAGCAGCCGCUCCAGCCCCUCUGGGCCCGACCGCCUGCGAGAGUGCACACGGAUGCGAAGUCAGGCCCAGACUCCCUACACCCGGACAAGGAGGUGCCGGGAGAGCAGCCGGGUGCCAGCACCAAGUGCUGAGAGCAGCACCACCAGCCAGGCAGCACUGGGACAAUCCAACAGCUCAACAGCACCAGAGACCACCAACCCCAGGACAGAAAGCCAGGAGGCAUCGGGACAGUCUCCGACACCACCGCUGGAGAGCAGCAACCCCGGCACAGAAAACCAGGCAGCAUCGGGACCAUCCCACGACUCCCUGGCACCACAGACCGGCAGCCCCAACAAUGAAGGAUCAGGGCUGUUCCGUGGCUCCGCAGCGCUUGAGGGCAGCAGCCGCUCCAGCCCCUCUGGGCCCGACCGCCUGCGAGAGCGCACCCGGAUGCGACGUCGGGCUCAGACUCCUUACACCCGGACAAGGAGGUGACAUGGACCAGCCGGAUGCCAACACUAAGUGCUGAGAGCAGCACCUCCAGCCAGGCAGAGCUGGGGCCUUCCAAAAGCUCCACAGCACCAGAGACCAACAACCCCAGCACAGAAAGCCAGGAAGUGUUGGGACACUCUCGGAUAUCCAGCACUGGAGACCAGCAGCUGCAGCACUGAAUGCCAAAAGACUCCCUCCAGCUUUUAGACAGGCAGUUUCUUACCCACCUCCUUUCACAGAGUCAACACUGAAUGCUGAGAGCAGCACCUCCAGACAGGCAGUGCUGGGGCUGUCCCAUAGUUCUGCAGCAUCAGAGACAAUAAGCUCCAGGGCCACCUGCCAGCUGCCAUCCGAGUCCUCCUGGGGCUUCCCUGCACUUGAGGGAGGCAGCAGCUCCAGCCCCACUGGAGCUAACAGCCGAGCUGCUCAGAGAGCCAAGUAGCUCCCUUUGGAUGAUUAGAGCUGUUCCCAUGCCUGUGACAGGUAGUUUCCCAUAGUCCUGGCCUUUCAGCCCCGGUUUCAGAGCUGGAGUGUCUCUCGUUGGACCUCUCUCUGGCUGCACUUGGCAGCAGGAACUGCCCAUAGGACCACUGUGCCAGACCAUUGUGGGCAGAGUUCUUUGUGCCCUGAAUCUCGUCCUUGUAGGGCCCUGCUUGGGAGACUCAGGACCUCGUGCAGCUACCCAUGCACCAGCAAGACAUUUCUGGAGACUACAUGGAGCUUUACUGCUCUGUAACUUGCAAUGUGAACCCAGGUCUCUUACAGUAGACUCAGAGAAACGCAAGGAUUUCUACCUGGAAAAAAUACCUUUGCAGGCUCAUUCUGCUCUUCCAAGGCCUGGGGAGAUCACAACAUCAUGCAAUUCACUCUUUCCAUCUCAGCGCCAGACACUGGGGCACAGUCUUAGGUGCUGCAGACUUACUGCUUUACUCGCUUCUGGAAAGUAACUGAAUCUCUCCAUUUCUGCCUCUGUUGACCUGUCUCUGCAAAUACAUCAUCAAUCUAUUUGAUACAGCCCUUGAGGGUGUGAUAGUUUCUGCAGAGAAUGUGCCCACUUAGCACUCUACACAGAAUUAAAGCAUUGCCUCCUCUCUAAACAAAACACUUCAUUCUGGGAUUUCUUUUCUUGAUUUCGGUUAACGCUGCAGCACAAGCUUUUACUGAGAGGCAGGAGUUCUCCCUAGGCUGUCACAGCUGAGAGUGCAUGUUGUCGGCUGAUGUGGAGCUUCUCAUCCCCAGCAACCCAAAUUGUUCUCCUCAGGGCUGUUCUAAAUUGGUUCUCCACCCAGCCUGAGCUUGUGCUUUGGAUUGCCCUGACCCAGGUGCAGGAUCUUGCACUUGGCUUCGUUUAACUUCAGGGUGGACCUGAAGAGGGGCAUUAUAACAUGUUUUAGCUAUGCUUUACUACUUUAAGUUUUAAAGUAGCUAUUUCACUUGCAUUAUAACAAUGCUUUGAUUAAGUUUUAGGGUAGCUAUUUCACUUACAGAAGCAUAUUUUGUUCUUGAUAAUGAACAUCUGUUGCCUCUGCCUGGCCAAUUAAGCCAGAUAAUGAGGACUAGAGCAAUAAGAGAGAGAAGAACUCGUUAAGACCAGAAUAAGACGAAGAACCGACUAGGACUAUUCUGUUUCUCGGUGUGCAAGCUAGAUGGACCACCCCCCCCCCCCCGCACCUGGCGCAUCAAAA